GGAAAAAGUAAUAGAUUCAUCAUCUUGCAUAUUAUAUACAACGGAUAGAUAAGAGCUGAUGUUUUGGAGGCUCUGGUUAAUUGAGAUUCUGAAAAUUCACAAUCAUCCUCGAGGGACGAAACAUUAUAUCGGAUAUACAGAAAACAAACUUGUGCUAAGCAGCAAGUGACACCACCGAUGUUAAAUCAUACAAUUCCAGAAAAGGUCCCUUGGGUAUUGGUCCUAAUGUUAUAAAUGGAGCCGAAGCGAUCCAUUCAAGUAUUAUCAGUUAAUUGAGCGACUUGACGACUUCUACCAUGUGCUGUUGGUGCGCUGUCGAAGCUUGAAUAAGAGGUUUUCAUCAAGUGAAAAUUCACUGCUGACUGAUAGAAAAACAAAUGCAUUCAAUUUAUUCUGAGCUCUGUGAUAAGCUGACGAGGGGCUUCUAUUCCCACAAAAAUUCUGGACAAAAACUAUAGGUCGGAGAUGUCACCUGGGGAAUUCAAGGAGGUUAAUUAUGGAAACAUUGACCUAUCAUCUUUAUCCAACUUAUCAUCACCAGCAGAAGAUCACACAACAGCAACCAAGGAUAUUUUCAACGAUUUUGGAGGAGAUACAUUGAGCGAAUUUAUAAUAUUGGAAAACGCAAACACACUCAGAUUCCAAUAUGAAGAUAUAAACGAAAGCAAUUUCUGCAUAGAUAACUUCAUUCAAAUAAUAGAUGCUCAAAACGAUGCUUUUUUGCCAAAUUUGCACGAAAUUUCAGAUAACCGACAUGACAAAACAUUCCUGCCCAACUCAACCACCUCAUCGGAUUCUGAUGAAAACAACUCCAGUUUCUUUCAUGGUAAUAUCUCAGUUCUCGGUGUAGAUUUGGAUUUGUAUAAUGAUUGUCUUGAUUCGAAUACGGAAAGUGUUCUUAGUCCCGAGUUGGAUAACUUAAUAAACCAAACUGUGAUGGAUUUGGGACUGAAAGAUUUCAAUUCGAGAGUAGAGGAUCUAUUCGAAAAUAAUCACUUGGAACUGUUGGAAGGCGAUGUACCAGCUGAAUCUUUCAUAAAGCAGCCAUCCAAGGAAACAGGCACUGCUCAGGCACUACCUAUUUUUGAGAUGUUUCCCCACAUUAAAGACGAAAAAAAUAGGAGGAGAAGAUCUCUCCUGUACGAGAGCUGCUACAGAACCGACAGUUUGAAUCUGAAGAAAAUGAAGACUGAAGAGGUGAAGUCCUUGCCGAAGAAGAAUACAGCACUGCUCAACCACGAUUACGCUCAGAUAAACUCGGAAGACACCAACUGCUUUCCUUGUCCGAUCAGCAAUUGUAAUAAAUUCUAUACAAAAUUAUCUCAUCUGAAGGCUCAUUUACGGAGGCAUUCUGGUGAAAAACCCUUCGCAUGUAACUGGAUGAACUGCAAAUGGAGAUUUUCUAGGUCCGAUGAACUUGCCAGACAUAAGAGAUCACACUCUGGAAUUAAACCUUAUAAGUGCGACCUAUGCGAGAAAGCAUUCGCAAGAUCUGAUCACUUGGCGAAACAUAGAAAAGUCCACAAGAAAAAAAUGGCCUUAUAUGGUAGCCACAACAUCAAGAGAAGAGUCAAGUAUAGCUGAAAUUGAAUUGAGAUUUGACAAUGGAAGUGAAAAGUUUUAAUGGAAUUUUACAUAUUUAUAUUUUGAUUUAAGCUGAUGAAAAUAUGUAUAAAUGCUCCCGAAUAAAGCGUUCAGACAUUAA